AUGGCUGACGACGAGCUCGAAACAUACAGAUUGUGGAGAAUUCGCAAAACAAUUCUUCAAAUGGUACACGAUCGUGGUUAUCUUGUAACUCAAGAAGAAUUGGAUCAACCACUUGAAACAUUCAAAGAAGUAUAUGGUGAUCGACCAAGUGAAAAGAAACCAGGUCGUGGAGAUUUGACUGUUCUUGUUGCACAUAACGAUGAUGCUAGUGGUAAGCAAAAUUAUACAAUGAUUUGUUUUUCUUCAACAACUAUUUUUCCAGAUCAAAUGUUCGUGUUCUUCCCGGAUGAUCCGAAAAUUGGUAUCAAAACAAUCAAGGCGAUUUGUCAACAAAUGCAAGAGCAAAAUAUUUCUAGAGCUAUUAUUGUUGUGCAAACUGGUAUGACACCAAGUGCAAAACAAUCUAUCGGAGAUAUGGCACCGAAAUACAUGUUGGAACACUUUUUGGAAGCCGAAUUGAUGGUCAACAUCACAGAACAUGAAUUGGUUCCAGAACAUGUUGUUAUGACAAGUGAAGAGAAAGCUGAACUUCUUGCCAGAUAGUGAGUGGAAAUUUUGAGAAAGAAUUUUUUCCCUUUGAAAAUAGCUUAAUCAAAAAAUUUCUUCAGCAAGCUCAAGGAUUCUCAACUCCCACGUAUUCAACAAUCCGACCCAGUCGCUCGCUAUUUCGGACUUCGCCGUGGACAAGUUGUCAAAAUUAUCAGACCAUCUGAAACUGCUGGAAGAUAUAUCACUUAUAGAUUGGUCGUCUAA